UGCGAAUGACUGGGUCAAAGCGCAACUGUCAAAUGCUGGAGCAUGCGCAACUUGAAUGUCCUUUGGACAACUGUCAAGUUGGGCGGAUACACAAUUUUUCGGACCUUCGCAACCUUCCAAAGUGGCAGCUACAAAAAUUUCAGGAAAAAUUAUAAAUAUGUGCAAUAAAUGAUUUAAUAAUUGGUGCUCUCAGACUAAACAAACUGCUAAUCACACAACAUGCUCCAUAUACGCUGGACAUCCUUACUCUUCUGCUUGGCGUUGAGCCUGAGUGGAGUCCAAGCACGAACUGCCAAACGCUCCGAUGUUUAUAUAGCCGGUUUCUUUCCAUAUGGCGAUGGCGUUGAGAACUCAUAUACAGGUCGUGGCGUGAUGCCAAGUGUCAAACUGGCGCUCGGCCAUGUUAACGAGCAUCCGAGAAUCCUUACCAACUAUAGAUUGCAUAUGUGGUGGAAUGAUACGCAGUGCAAUGCUGCUGUUGGUGUAAAGUCCUUCUUCGACAUGAUGCACUCGGGACCCAACAAGGUGAUGCUGUUUGGAGCCGCCUGCACGCAUGUUACCGAUCCCAUAGCCAAGGCUAGCAAGCAUUGGCAUCUGACGCAAUUGAGCUACGCUGACACGCAUCCAAUGUUCACCAAAGAUGCCUUUCCCAAUUUCUUUCGAGUUGUUCCCUCGGAGAAUGCUUUCAAUGCGCCACGCCUGGCUCUGCUCCGAGAGUUCAACUGGACUCGCGUGGGCACAGUGUAUCAGAACGAACCCAGAUAUUCAUUGCCACACAAUCAUAUGGUAGCUGAUCUGGAUUCCAUGGAACUGGAAGUGGUGGAGACACAAAGCUUCGUCAACGAUGUAGCAGAGUCGCUAAAGAAGCUACGCGAAAAGGAUGUGCGUAUUAUUCUAGGAAACUUUAAUGAGCAUUUUGCUCGAAAGGUUUUUUGCGAGGCCUACAAAUUGGAAAUGUUUGGGCGUUCCUAUCAGUGGCUUAUCAUGGCCACCUACUCCACUGACUGGUGGAAUGUGACACAGGACAGCGAAUGCACCGUGGAGCAGAUAGCCAUAGCUUUGGAGGGUGCCAUAUUGGUGGACCUGCUGCCUUUGUCCACUAGUGGUGACAUUACUGUCGCGGGCAUUACGGCGGAUGAGUAUUUGGUGGAGUAUGAUAGACUGCGUGGCUCGGAGUACUCUCGCUUCCAUGGCUAUACUUAUGAUGGCAUCUGGGCAGCCGCUUUGGCCAUACAGUACGUUGCAGAAAAACGCGAUGAUAUGCUGACACGCUUCGAUUAUCGUGUUAAGGACUGGGAGAACAUAUUUCUAGAGGCCCUACGCAAUACUUCCUUCGAGGGCGUAACGGGUCCUGUGCGCUUCUAUAACAACGAGCGCAAAGCCAAUAUACUGAUCAACCAGUUUCAAUUGGGCCAGAUGGAAAAGAUUGGUGAAUAUCAUUCACAGCAAGAUCAUCUGGACAUGACGCUGGGCAAGCCAGUGCGUUGGGUAGGCAAAACACCACCCAAGGAUCGCACUCUCAUUUACAUUGAGCAUAGUCAAGUUAAUCCCACCAUAUAUAUUGUGUCUGCCAGCGCCUCCGUCAUUGGCGUGAUCAUAGCCACUGUGUUUCUAGCGUUCAAUAUCAAAUAUCGGAAUCAACGCUAUAUCAAAAUGUCCAGUCCACAUUUAAACAAUCUGAUCAUCGUUGGCUGCAUGCUCACUUAUCUGAGCAUUAUAUUUCUGGGUCUGGAUACAACGCUAAGCAGUGUGGCUGCCUUCCCCUAUAUAUGCACAGCUCGUGCUUGGAUCUUGAUGGCAGGCUUUAGUCUGGCGUUUGGUGCCAUGUUCUCAAAAACGUGGCGUGUGCAUUCAAUCUUUACCGAUCUGAAGCUUAACAAGAAAGUGAUUAAGGACUAUCAGUUGUUUAUGGUUGUCGGCGUGCUUUUGUUUAUUGAUAUAGCAAUUAUAACGACCUGGCAGAUUGCUGAUCCUUUUUACCGCGAGACCAAGCAACUCGAGCCAAAGCAUCAUGAGAACAUUGAGGAUGUGCUGGUUAUACCCGAGAAUGAGUAUUGCCAAUCGGAGCAUAUGACUAUAUUCGUUAGCAUUAUCUACGCCUACAAGGGGCUGCUUUUGGUAUUUGGAGCCUUCUUGGCCUGGGAAACUCGCCAUGUCUCUAUACCAGCCCUCAACGAUUCCAAGCACAUUGGAUUCUCCGUUUAUAAUGUGUUCAUCACUUGCAUUGCCGGCGCGGCCAUAUCGCUGGUGCUAUCGGAUCGCAAGGAUUUAGUUUUUGUCUUACUCUCGUUUUUUAUAAUUUUUUGUACGACAGCAACUUUGUGUUUGGUGUUCGUACCGAAAGUAAGACUGGUACUUGUGGAACUUAAGCGUAAUCCCCAAGGGGUUGUGGAUAAGCGUGUGCGUGCAACAUUGCGACCCAUGUCCAAGAACCGACGUGACUCUUCGGUCUGUGAGCUGGAGCAGCGUCUGCGUGAUGUGAAAAAUACCAAUUGUCGUUUUCGCAAGGCUUUAAUGGAGAAAGAGAAUGAGCUGCAGGCGCUUAUACGUAAACUCGGACCCGAGGCACGCAAGUGGAUUGAUGGCGUUACCUGCAGUGGCGCCCCCGCUGACUUGGAGCCUAUUUUGAGUGAAGAUAUUGCUCGACUCUCAGCGCCCCCAGUGCGGCGUGAAAUUCCCAGUACUACAGAAGUUACUGAGAUGACAUCUGUGGAUAGCAUAACCUCCACGCAUGUCGAAAUGGAUAGCUCCUUUGUAUCCGUGCCCUCCACCACGCUGGCGCCCUCACUGCCGCCCAAAAAGAAGAAACAGUCUUUAGUAGAGCAUCAUGCUCCUACGAUGAUGCAGCCUAUACAGCAGCAGCUACAACAGCAUCUACAACAGCACCAGCAGCAAAUGCAACAGCUACAACAGCAGCAAUUGCAGCAACAACAGCAGCAACUACAACAACAGCAGCAAUUGCAACAACAGCAGCAAUUGCAACAGCAGCAGCAACAACAACAGCAGCAGCAGCAGCCGCAUCAGCAUCAUCGGCAUUUGGAGAAACGUAACUCGGUAUCUGCGCAAACGGAUGCGAACAUUGGCAGCAUUACCAGCAAUGCCGGCAAACGCAGCGCCGCCGAAUGCGCUGCGCUGCGUGAGCGUCGCCAAUCGAAUGCCUCCAACAGACUCUACGAGAGCGGCAGUCAAACACCUACGGCUAAGCCCAAGUACAGCAGCACACAUCGAAACUCAUCAACAAACAUUUCCAGCUCGCAAUCGGAGCUGAGCAACGUUUGUCCGCACAGCAAGCCGGGUACGCCUGGACUAACUAAAACUCCCACUGCCUCGGACCACAGGCGCACCAGCAUGGGCGCUGCGCUGAAGUCCAAUUUUGUUGUCUCGCAGAGCGAUCUUUGGGACACGCAUACGCUGUCACAUGCCAAGCAACACUCGCGCCAAUCGCAGCGCACCUAUGCCAGUCCACAACGCUGCUCCGAGCAUCACGGCCACAUGUUGGCCCAUGAGCAGAGCACAACCUCGCCCAUACAACGCUCUGUGUCGGAGAAGAAUCGCAACAAGCAUCGCCCCAAGCCGCAGAAGGGCACUGUCUGUCAGAGCGAGACGGACAGUGAACGCGAACGUGGACCCACGCCAACCAAUACGCCCGUCUGCACGCAGACGCGAAAAUAUAAUCGAAACGCCAACAUACAGCAUGCAGCCCAUCAUCAUAGCUCGCCGAAUGUGGCGCCGGACAAGCAGCGUAAGCUGCGCAAUAAAAGCGAUCGCUCCAUCUAUGGCGCCAGCUCGGAAACGGAACUUAUUGAGGGCGAGACCGCCAUAUUGCCCAUAUUCCGCAAGCUACUCACAGAAAAGAGUCCCAACUAUCGUGGACGCAGCGUGGUGGGUCAGAGCUGUCCGAAUAUAUCCAUAAAAUGCGAUAUCGUUGAAUACCUAUAAUGUUGCAACUCUCUUGUCAUGU